UUCUGAGACAGCUGACUUCCUGUGUACCUGAGUAGCCCAGCUGCAGAUGGAAGGUCUCCCUCCCUGCUUCCUGGCUCUGAACCUGACCUCUUCUUCUUUCAUCUGCAUAUUCAGAAGCACCUUGAAGCUGGUUGGCUGCUACUGGCCUCCCCAUCCCCCUCUUUAACAGGGACCAAGCUCAGAGGAUUCUUCAAUGCUAGUGCUUCAGUGCCUCUUCUUGUUCGCCACACUCGCCAGAUACUCUGGGAACACAGGGUACCCUGCAGGCGCCUAUCACCCGACACCCCGCCCACAAAAGGGGACCCAGCUCCAGCUCUCAGAAACAGCUGGCACAUCAGCAGUCCCCAAGUCCUAGGGUGUUCCUGUAUAACAAGUACCAUCAUCAAAAAAACUGCUGAGAGGCAGCUGUUGAGUGUCAGCUCUUCAUCUUCAAGAGUGGAAAAAACUAUGAAUGGGAGCUGUGUCUCUGAGCAGGAUGUGGAUAGCUCGAGUUCAGGACACUCAGGUGGGAAGAAAGAAGAGCCCUGUCUCCAAAGAUACUUGUUGUUUUCUUCCCCUAGUGUGUCCAUCAUAUCACAACUCCUCAGCCAGACAACUGCUAACAGGGGACUGGAUCCAAACUUCCUUUUCCCUUCCCCGCAGACAACAGAAUCACCCCAGGAAGCCAGGGACUGCCCAUCUUUUAAGGAAGGGACACCAACCCUGGCCUCCCCUCUGUGUUACACUCCAAUUUCCAGUUUUGGUGACACAGACCAGUUCUAUAAUGAACACUUACGAGCUAAGAGAGCCAGAGUGGAAAGCAUUAUCCGAGGUAUGAGCCUCUCACCAAACCCUACCGCACUCGGUACCAAUGAAGCAAGAGACAGAGAAUGCCCUGUGGAGAAAAGAAGCGAGAACUACAGGGAGAACAAGAGAAAGCAGAAGCUUCCCCAGCAGCAAAGCCCACAUGUAGCACAGCUUGCAGGAAGAGGCAGGAACAGCGCCAAGGCAGAGGAGUGCCGCCAACUGAAGGAACAGCUUCAAGUUUUGCAGCAGCAGCUGAGGCAGCUUCAAGAGAAAUUCUUGCAGGUUUAUGAGUUCAGUGAUUCAGAUCAAAGCCACAAAGGGAUGGAGAAGACUAUGCACUUACUGAAGGGGAAGUGUGGAGACAGUCUAGAUGAAAGCCAUCAGGCUGCUACCAGUGACCAACACAGAACUCUUCUUUGGAGGAGCAUCUCAGAGAUGGAAGGCCAUAAAGUGUCAGAAGAAGAAAGGAGAAUGGGGGAUCUGGGUGAACUGUCCUCUGAAGAAAGAACCUUUUCUGAGACAUUAAAGCAUGAGCUAGCCACAGUGGUAUCUCAGGCUGUGGACAUGGUUUUGAAAAAAGUAUUGUCCAAGCCAUCAGGCCAUCUGGCUCAGCUGUACAACAGCCUCCCAAUCUCAGCGCCAGACAGCAGAAGAGAGGAUUUUGCCACUGAGGAAUACUCCAUCAGAAAAUGGCUUCCUGGGGCUUCCUCUCAAAAUUUGGUAAACUCACUGACUGAAGCCCAUACAGAGGCCUUGUCACUAGUCAUGGAUAAGUGUCCAGACUUUCAUGUUCACCCGAUCAGUUCAAGAAUGGCUAGAAAAUCCUGCCAUGUACCUAACAUGAAUCACCCCUUGGUCGUGACUUCUCAAGUUCAAGAAAAAGAGAUUCUUAGCCAGCUACUAGAGUACAGUCAAAAUGGCCAUUGGAACAGCAGCUCUCAUAGAAUUGCCUGUUCCCCAGACAGAUCUUCUCAAGAGUCCCUAGAUCUACCUUGGAGUGCAGUCAAAUUGAAGUCAUCAGUCAUGAGACACCAGCAAUAUCCAAUGUCCUUUAACACCGCUGAAAUGGAAAGUUUGGCUUUUCUUCCAGCCAGGAAGGCAGAAUGUGGAGAGCUGCAGACUGUGAUGGAUGGGAUGCCCUUCUCCUCAGUCCAUAUAUCCUUUAGUGACCAUUAAAGAUCAUCAGAGCCUCAAGCAUGAGUAGCUGCUCUUAAGGUUGCCCUCUCACCUACAUGCAUGAAUCAGAGAUAGCGCAGGGGCUGAUUAGCUAACAGGGUUUCAUGUACUACUGUGAGAAAGCAGGUCAUCAGGCUCCCCUUUCACAUGGCGCUGGCAGAGGGGCCUGGGGAGGAGAGACCAGCUGUCUCAGAUCUGAACCCUCCUGAACGCCUAACACAUAAGCUCCCUCGUCUGCAUUCAGGAGAGCUGUACUGAGCUCUAUUCAGAGCUCACUUUUGUUACUCCUGGUUGACCAAAAGGUGGCGCAAUUAGCUAACAUUGCUCACGUGAAAGACACAGAGAGAUCUCAUUGGGGAAGACACUGAGUUCUCAGCCUGCCAGAGCUCCCUCCCCCAUCAGAGCCCAGGAGAGACCCCAUUAGUCAUCAGUGCUCCCCAGGACAGGCCUGUGGACUGAAGCUUUCUUCCUACCCAGAGUGAACACAUUUGAUUUUCAGCAAAACUGUCCAGUGGAUAGCAAAAGGCCCAUUUUGGUGCUAAUGCUCAGCACAUCCAAAAUUAGGGUUGUCAGGCGUCUGGUUUUGGACCGGAAUGCCUGUCAAAAAGGGACCAUGGCAGCUCUGGCUGGCACUGCUGACUGGGUCAUUAAAAGUCCC